GCUAGCUAGAAUGGCAUCUACAAUGCUCGACGCCGCCGUCUCCGCGCCUCGGCCGGACCUGACCGGGCGCCGCCGUCGCUCUGACGCGCUCUCCAACGCCAAUGCCGGCUCGGUCGCCGCCGCGAUCUCUAAUGCCAAUGCUAAUGCCGGCGCCGCGGCGCCCAAGUCCAAGGCCAAGACCGUCGCCUCCCGCUACCUCGCCCCCUCUUCGAAACCCACUUCCAUCUCCAGCGCUGUCCGCUCCUCCUCCGCGACGCCCCCUGCCCCGAGGCGGCCCACGUCCACCGAACGGUCGCGUCAAGUGCUGCCCAACGCCGUCACCGCCGGCGCCGCGGCUUCCAGUGGGAGCGCGACCACGACAACGAGAACGCUCGCGGUCGCGUUCCAGAGCCCGACCUACUCCUUGGACACCAGCAGGGUGAGGUCCGUGUCGCCUGCUGCGGUGGCCGCGAUCACGCCAGAGAAGAGGAGGUCCAGUACUGCAGGCACAGAUGUACGGGGCAAGGUGUCAGACGGAGGCCAAAACACAUACCGGUGGCCAGCGUCGGCGACCGCGGCGCCGUGCGCGUACGACGGCCGCGCGCUCGCCAAGAGCCUCAAGUACUCUGCUCUGAACAAGAAGGCGAUAGCCGCCAUGCGGUCGAGGGCGUUCGACGGGACGCCGCGGCGCGCGUCUGUGGACGGCGCGAACGAGUACCUGCAGGCGCUAUCCUCCGAGACCGACAGCGCGUCGUCCGGCGGUUCGCGGGACGGCGGCGCCGACAAACCUGGCACCGCCUCCGGACCGCGCCCGUCUCCGAGGAGCAUCAUCAGCUCCUCCGCGAGGUUCUCGCGGGACGCCGUGGGGACCCGCUCCGACCGGUUCGCCUACCCGGCCACGCCGUUCUCGUCACGCACCUCUGCCGUCGCCUCGCCUGCUCCAAUGAAGAAGAGGUCACUGUUCAACGGCUUGCUGUCCUCGCCGUUUAGCAGGCCGUCUCUUAAACUGCCGUCGCCAAGCAAGCCGGUGGCCAGCUCGUUCGGCAGGACAGCGAGCCCGUCAAAGGCGCGGGGCUCCACGGAGACGUCCGGCUCUGCUGGGAAGCUGCAGGGCAAGGCUUCUUCUACAAAUUGCGUCUUGAACGGCGACACGAAGGUGAAGCCUUCUGGGGUGGCCAAGGCCGAGGAGGAGCACCAGCUGAGACUACUCUACACCAGGCAUUUGCAGUGGCGGCUCGCCAAUGCGCAGGCUGGAGCUGCGCUUUCUUCGCAGACGAUGGCUGCAGAGAAAACCAUCUGUGGUGCAUGGAUUGCUAUCCUGAGGAUGCGCAAAUCGGUCGCCAUUAGAAAGUUGCAGCUGCAGUUGCGUCUAAACAACUGCAAGCUCAUGGCAGUUAUGAGAGGACAAGUGAAAUACCUGGAAGAAUGGUCCUCAUUGGAGAGGGAGUAUGCUAAUUCUUUAUCAGGAACAACACAGGCUCUGAAUGCUACCAUUCUGCGCCUUCCCGUCACUGAUGGAGCAAUGGCAGAUAUCCAAGCUGUUAAAAAUGCUGUUGCCUCUGCAGUUCAUGUCAUGCAGACCAUAGGAAACUCCACAAGCACUCAAGUAUCUAAGUUAGCCCGGACAAAUGUCUUGGUGUCUCAGCUCGCCGGAGUUACCAUCCAAGAACUCGUUCUGAUGGCGCAGUGCAGAGAGUUGCUGUCCACACUAGCAUCAAUGCACGUGAAGUGCAGCAGCCUACAAGGGCAGAGGAUACAGCUGAACCAAACAAGGCUUAGGCGUUUUCAGUAGAAUCUUCAGGGCUUCAGGCUGCUCUCUCCAGUCUCCAACUGAAGAAGAAUGUAGCUGCGAUCGGUAAAGAUGACAGUUUGCCAAGUUCAGUAGUAGCAGUUAGGGAUACAAGGAAGACAAGAGUUAUGUAUUGUUCAUGUGGGUCAACUGGCCAAGGGAUUAUAUUGAAUACAAUCACACAUA